UUAUAACACUGAAAACAUCACGUGCACAUCGACGACGAAGCAGGAAUCUGAGAAAAAAACAAAGAAAAAACACAGAGACUGAGAGGCGAGAGCUUAAUCCCCAGAUCUACAGCGAAUUAUUCCAAAUUUUUUUUAUGCUUCCGUCAAUCCGUUGAAUCCCAUCGAAAACCCUAACCGUCUUUUAGUCCUAUUUGUCUUUCUGAAGUCGCCGCUGCUCCUUAACCGGAUUGCAGGCCAAACAGAAAAUCAGAGCACGAUCGGAGAUUUGCAGUACUCGUUGAAGGUGUCGAUUUCGUUUUAAUUAAUUAAUUUUUUAUCUUUAAAAUAAUGAAAGAAGGGAAGUCGGCCAAAGUGAAUUAUCAGCAACAGCACCACCACAAUGGCCACUUGUCUCCGUUCAAGUUCGCCAAAUUGUUUGAUGCGGAGGCGUCGUGGGAUAAGGAUCAAUUGGGAGAUGUUUUGCAUUGGAUUCGGCAAGUGGUGGCCCUACUUUGCGGUUUGCUUUGGGGUGCCAUACCUUUGAUCGGUGGUAUAUGGAUUGUUGUCUUUUUAGUGAUCUCCACUGGCAUUGUUUACGGUUAUUAUGCAAUGAUUUUGAAAAUUGACGAAGAAGAUUUUGGCGGCCAUGGAAUGCUUCUCCAAGAGGGGCUUUUUGCGUCUUUUACUCUCUUUCUGUUGGCGUGGAUUCUAGUAUACAGUUUGGCUCACUUCUAAUUGGAGGGGUGGACGAAGUACUUGACCUUGAUAUCUUUGAAUGAUGUUAGAAUGAUUUGAUUUAAUGGGAUUACUCAAAUUCAUGCUCGCAAUUGUUUGUUUUCUUCAUUUUGAUUGUGCAAUACGUCGAAUUUGCAGAGCAUGAACAUGCUAGGCAUUGGGUGCUUACUCGUAAGUCGUUAAGCAAAGUUUCUGA